AUGUUUAAAAACCUCAUGAUUAGAUCGAAAAGCUUAAAAACAUUGGAUCUCAGUUGGAAUAAUUUCAGUGAUGUUGGUAAAAUAUUAGGUCAAGGAAUAAAUCAUACAACCAGAUUAGAGCAUUUGGAUCUAAGCAACAAUCCGCUUACAAAUGAAGAUAUUGUUGAUAUAUUGAGUGGUAUAGUGAAUCCGACUUCAUUAAGGAGUUUGGGGUUAACUCAUGUAUUUGUCGAUGAACAAGUUGAAAAAGCAAUAUCAAAAGUUCAAGCACGAGUACCAAAUUUUAAUGUUAAAGUGGCCAUUUAUACGGGCAUGAAAUCUGAUCCUGACAUCGAUAAGAAAACAUUGUAUUUAAAAAGAAUCCACUUUUUGGGGGUUACUAAACCAAAAAAAAAAAAACAAAAAUUUGAUAUUGGUCACGUGUUGCUAAAAAUGAAAAUUGAUGGAAAUUUAGAACCUAUGAAAUUAAGCUUGUUUAUUUCAACGUUUGAAAAUUUAAAAGUUAAAGAAGUAAUAAUGGAACUACUAAGGGAUUUGGCUAACCAAUUUAAAAAUGCAGAUAAAACGAUUAAUGUAGCUCUAAUGUUGGACAAGUACUUAGAUCUAUAUCCAAACACUACAUUAUAG